UGGCACGGUUAUUGUUUUAAGACAUAAUUAAAUUCCUCUAUUACCCUUCACUUUGUGCACUGAAUAUUAAAGCCAAAGUAUGUCCCUGGGUGGUGUCAUUUGUCAUCUCACGAGGGCACUCUCGAUUCUUUCUCGGGUUGCUCGCUUGCUUUGCUUAGAUCACUGGUUUCAUGUCGAGUGGGACACAAAUAAUAAAUUAUAAAAAUAAUAAAAUAAAUACAUAAACAAAGACAAAAAAAAAAGAAAAAAAGAAACCAACGUGGUAUGAUGGUGCUUGAAGAGCAUGGCUUUGUUGUAGUAGGGUCAUCAUGUGCAUUAACGUAGCUCGGUGUUGUUUCUCUCUCUUGUUACUCAUGUGAGAGAGAGUUCAAUGCUUCUCUCUCUUGCAAUCUGUUACUGUUUCUAACAAAGCUUUUUGGCAACAUUUGCUAUGCUUUACUGCUCCUUCUGUAGCGUGGUGAUUGAAGUAAUUGAACUGAGUUUGCUUUUUGUUUGAGCCUCCAUCACUGCCUUUUGUGGAUACCAAUUUUGAAGUACAAAACAACACAAAUGGCCCCGGACUUGACUCUUUAAUCAAAUGGGUUGGUUUCGUAAGUUAUUCUCCUGCACCCUUUAUGCUCAAGGUUGGAGAUUUAUGAUUGUACAUUGAAGCUGCUUCUUGGGUUCUCCUUUUCUUCGGUUUACUUCUCCAAGAUCUACUCUAGUCUCUGGAUUCAUCAAUGGGACAAGAGUUUGAGCUGGAUCCUGAUGACAAGUCUUCAGUGGGUCUGAGUCCCAAUACUGUUCUUCCAUCUCAUCAAUACUGUGUGAAUGUAAAGAAGAGAUCUAAAAAAGGAAAACACACUGGGAAAGAUGAUUUUCUUACUCUCAAGGAGGGCUUUGCUGAGAUUAAAUUUGCUCGCUUCCGCAGUUCUUCGUGUAAGAGCAUUCUCUCUAGACCUCAUGGAUUGGAAGGUAAUAUAGAAACCAGACGUUGUUCCAUGUAUCAGAGUUCAGAGGAAGUGAAAAGUAUAAAGAAAAUGAGCACCAUGGUAGAGGGAAGGAAAAAAAUAGAAAUUUCAAGGAGGAGUGACACCUCUUUCACGGGUAGCAUUGUUGAUUCUUUGUGUGGUUCAGAUGAUGAAGGCUCUGGACUGAGAUCUUCAGAGACAGACUCCCCAGAUAGCUUCAUUGAAAUUUGUAUAAAUUCAGAUAUUAAAAAUAAGAACUCUACCACAGUACAACGGAGAGAGUCUAUAAAGUUGAAGUCCAAAAGUGAUAAAGUUGCUGAUUCUGUAAUCAAUGGCAAUUGUCGUCUUGAAAAGGACACAGUCCACUCACUGCAGAAGUCAUUCUCGGCUAAGGCGGAAGUCUCUCGGUUGCCAUCUCCAUUAGGAAAUUAUUGCUCAUCGAAAACAAGUCCAAAAGUUCAAUUCACCCCUAGCAGGAAAAGGCUGGAUCAUUUUACAAAGUCAAAAUCAUUGAGAAGUUCAGUGAGUCAGAGACUGGAGAAUAAUGAGAUCAAAUCAAAUGAGGCAGCAAACAUUGCAAGAAAUAGGACUUAUCAGAAAUCAUUGCUAAAUGACUUAUCCAAAAAAGGAAAGCAUUCUGACAUUAUUUCUGAGUUCAUCAGCAGAGAAAUCCAGUAUUCAGGUAUAGCUUCUUCACCAGUUCACCUGCAUGGCAAUCUCAAGUUGGAAAAUAAACAUGGAGUGCCAUUUUUUGAGUUCAAGGUGAAGUGCCCUGAAGAUGUGUUUGUGGCCAAGACAUGCAGAGCAGGUAAUGCUCUCAACUGGGUAUAUACUUUUCACUCCUUUGAUAAUAGAAAGAAGAGCAAUGCAACUGGUUUGGGAUCCCAUGAUUUUGGUAAAGAUUCCUCAAUAGUAGCACAAAUGCUAGUUUCCUGUAAUUUAUAUUCUGAACUAGAAGGCAGAGUAUUUGAUAACUCUAUGGUGUCAGAAUUUGUGUUGUAUGAUUUUACACACUCAAGGCAGAGUGUUUCGCAUGAAAAGAAGUCUUUAAGUGAACCCGAUGCUUCUAAAACUCUGAAAGCUUCCCAUGUUGGAUGGAAGGAAGAAACUUUGGGGCUGGAUGAGAACCUGGUGGUCAAAAACAAAUUUCAAGAUAAACCUCGAUCAAGCAAUGUUGAAUUUGAUGAUUUAAAUUCUUAUCCUUCCUUGUCCACUGAAUGCUAUUCAAACCUUGAAAUUGCUGCCAUUGUGUUGCAAAUUCCGUUUUCUAAGAGGGAAAGUUUGAAGUACAAAAGAGGGGAUAGAAUAAGUGCUGAAGAAUAUUCCAACACAAGUGAUCUCUCUGCAGUAAAAGAUAGAAAGAGUCUUCAAUGCGACCAAAUCCAGGAACAGGUAAAGGUGGUAAUACCAUCUGGCAAUCAUGGUUUGCCAAAUGCUGAAAACCAGGGUCCUUCGUCAUUACUUGAUCGGCUGAGACAUGGUGGAGGUUGUGACUGUGGUGGGUGGGACAUGGCCUGUCCCCUUAUUCUUUUGGCAAAUCCUAGUAUUCAGUUUGCUGAAGAUUGCCCACUUAUGGAGGAACAUCAACCAUUUGAACUUUUUGUUCAGGGAGCAAAAGGAAGCAGUCCUACCUUCAGCAUGAAAAGAAUUGAAGAGGGGCAUUAUGCCGUUGAUUUUCAUGCACAAUUAUCCGCGUUACAAGCAUUCUCCAUCUGUGUUGCCAUUUUGCAUGGAACUUCUUCCUUCAGCAGCGGAGUGCAUGAGAAAAACCAACAGUUAUCUCAAUGCAGUUCACUGAAAAUGCUCAUUGAGGAGGAUGUAGAUUUCUUUUUCAAACCAGUCACAACUGAGAAGAAGACUGGUUGCAAGAAUCAGAAAGGAAUUCCUCGAUCCUAUGUGUUGAAUCCACCUUUUUCUCCUAUUGCACGCGUAUAAAGUGUGGACCUGACCAUCGCUGUUGUAGUGAUUAUAUGCAAAACACAUCUAUACUGUGUUUGGUUAUGCGUUAUUGGCGUGGUUUCUUAUGUUUCUAACGUGUUUUCAAACACAAGGCUAAUCAUCUUAUACCAGCUUUAAAUUAUUGCUGGUUGGAGAAGAAUAACAUGGUCUUGCAGAUGAUCUGUGAACAAUGGUAACAAGUGUGUAAAGCAUCUUAGUGAUAUGAAGUUUUUGUUGCUAGGUGCAAUGGCCUGCUAGCAGAAUAUGUUAAACACUUUGAGAGAGUGCAAUGGGGUUGCUGAUAUAUCUGAUAAGGAUAGCACAUUAGAGGUGUUAGAAUCAUUCUUUGUAAUAAGUUAUUUUGUUCCAGUUAAGUAGCAUAGAAACCGAAAAUUGUUCAUAUUGUAUGGGGUAGCUAGGGGGAGGGGGGAGAUACUUUACACCUAGUAGGAGAUAGCAUAGCAAUCCUUUCUUUUUUGUAACUACUGAGACAAGAUUCUGAAAUUAUAUAAAUGAUGGGAAGUGGAUUGGAAUAAUAUAAAGAAUUUA